UUGAUUUUUGAAAUUAUUAAUUAUUCCUGAGAUGCUCAUAAGUAGUUUAAACCAAGUUGGGAGAUUCACUCCCAAAGAAAUGUGCCUUAGUACUGCCAAAAAUAGUUCAAGUUAUAGAUGCUUGCAAAAUUAUCUGCCCAUCUUUUUUGAAAAUAAUGUACAGCGGCAUGUAUGCUCAUCAGCCUGCCAUGCAGCUAAUACAAAACAGUUUGAUGAUGAUCCAGAUUUCAAUAUUGACUUUGAGAAUGAGCUAAACUGGCUAAAAGAUCGCAUAGCCAUGUCAACACAGAGCAAACCUCAAACAGACCAUCCAAACCUCAAUGAAAACUCUGAUGAGCAUUGGCUGUGUAAGGACCAUGUGGAACAUGACGAGACCACCGGGACUCAAAAUGCUUCAGAAUACGAGUCGAAAUUUUUGUCUUAUCCUCACUCCAACUGGGGUCCUAUUCCUACUGGUAAACAUCUGUUUGUUCCACGCCUUACUGCAGACGUUGCCGUGGAGCUGCUCACUUGUGAACUAAGUGAAAUACUCAAGUAA